AUGUUCCGCUCGCUUACUCGCCUCAUCCCGACAAGUGCUCGUGCUGCAGCUGCAGCUGUUGCGGUUGUCGCAGCUGCUGCGGCGGCGACGGCGAGCAUGAGCCGGGCCGAGGAUGACAUUGUGGAGGUGGCAAUCGCGCCGGUGUCGGCGGCAGGGCGGCGGCAGCAGCGGAUGUACCAUGGCAAGGCAUUCCCGCUGGUGGUUACGUUGCCUGGAUUCACCGAUGUGGCGGCGAUGAAGGCGGCGCUGGCCAAGAACAAGGACUUGCUGCUCGGCAUGCUCGACACCCACGGCGCGGUGCUCUUCCGCGGCCUGCCGCUAGCCGAUGCGCCGGACUUUAUGGCCUUCCUCGAGCCGUUCGACUUUGAGUACGGCGACUACAUCGGCGGUGGUGGCCCGCGGACCGCCGUCCUGGGGCCCAUCCACAACUCGACCUUUACUCCCGCCGAUCGUCAUAUCCCGUUCCACCACGAGCUGGCGUACCUGACCAAGUACCCGACCAAGCUUGCCUUCUUCUGCCAGACCAAGCCACAGAAGAACGGCGAGACGCCGAUUCUGCUCUCCACUAACCUCUACGAGCGCAUCGCCGCCGAGCGCUCGGCCUUUGCUGCUCAGGUUGUUGACAAAGGCGUCAUCUACACCAGGGUCAUCGACUCGGCCGACGCCUCGGACGGCAAGCUCCAGCGCUCGUGGCAGGCUGCGUACGGGACCGACGACCGGGCAGUGGCCGAGGCUCGCGCGCGCGACACCGGUGCAGCCUCCAUCGAGUGGCUUGAGUCGGGCGCCAUGAGAGUUGUCUCGCACGCUCUGCCGGCCGCCCGUCGCGACCCGCGCGUCGGCGCCCGCACCUGGUUCAACGCCAUCGUCCUCCUCCACCCGGCUGCGCAAGAGGCCGGAACCCAGGCGCCGUGGACGGUGACCUACGGCGACGGCUCGCCCAUUGCCGAUGACGACGUUCUUGCUGCCAAGGCUAUUAUGGACGAAGAGCGCAUCGAGUUUGAGUGGCGCGAGGGCGACGUCCUCCUGGUCGACAACAUGCUCGCCAUGCACGCUCGCAACCCGUUCAUCGGCCCUCGCCUCAUCCUCGCCGCCAUCGCCAACUAGCCAGCCCACCUCCCGUCUAAAACAACGCUGAAUGCCA